GCAAACGCCCAGAAGCGAGAGAAGAAACAGACGCAUUCGCUCGCUUCCCCCUCCCAACUUCCUCUUCCUCACCACCGCCCGAUUCCCGCGGCGGUCGCCGCCCCCGCCGUGCCCCCCACCCUCGCGGGAGACGACGUAGCCCGCCGCGGCAGGCUCCCCCGGCGAUCGGCAGGAUGGUGGUGGCCACGGAGGAAAUGGCGGUCUACUGCUUCGACACCCUCGUCUCCCACUUCACCGGCGACCAGCCGCCGGCCCCCGCCUUCGAGGACGGCAACCACCCAUUGUUUGUGACCUGGAAGAAGGCUACCAAUGGUUCAGAACCACGCCUCCGAGGAUGCAUAGGAACCUUGGAGCCCCGUCAGAUUGUCAGUGGCUUUAAGGACUACGCACUAACUAGUGCCCUGAGGGACCGGCGCUUCCCCCCAAUCCAAUCAAAGGAACUGCCAACCUUGGAGUGCACAGUGUCUAUACUGACUGAUUAUGAAACUGCAGAGGGCUACCUCGAUUGGGAGGUUGGAAAGCAUGGUUUAAUUAUUGAAUUUACAGAUCCAGACUAUAACAUAAGACGCAGUGCAACCUAUUUACCUGAGGUUGCUAGCCAUGAAGGAUGGGGACACGUAGAGACUAUUGACACGCUGAUGAAGAAGGCGGGUUACCAUGGUACCAUCACUGAGUCCUUGAGGAAGAAGAUCCGUGUCACCCGCUACCAGAGCACCCUGUACACCAUGCACUAUGGUGAAUAUGUUGCAUACGUCAAGAAGAAUAGAGGUGCAGCCCCAGCAAUUAACGGGGUGACUGUAGUUAAUGGCUUCAAGCCAGGCCAUUGAUUUAUCCGUAUUGCAAAAGCUGAAAAGAACUGUUUAUAAUUUAUCUAGGAGCAAUUUGGGGGUGAGAAUUUCUUAGAAGAGUUCCCACCCCUCACAGCUCAUUGGUCUAGCAUCAUCAAAUUCCAAGGAAAGGGGGGCACCAUACCAACAAGUCCCCAGAAUAAUGUCUUCCUGUGAUGGAUGGUGCUUAUGUAUCUCGGAAUACUCUAUGUGCUACAACAAGUGCAAAUUAUGUGGUGAAAUUGAUCGAUUUGAGAUGAUCGUUCCUA